AAAUAAAAAACAGUAAAGACUAGUUUUUAAUUAUGACUCGUCGCUCCUCCCCGCCCCGCUCCACACUCCCGGCCGGAAUCUGAACCGAAUGAAGUCUAGUGCAGUGGUGGUGGUGAUGCAAUCUCGCCGUUGCCGUCCGUAGCAACCGCACGCUUCCUCGCUCGCCGCGAACCCUAGAGAGCAGGUGUCGGUGUCAUGGCCUUCUGGUGGCCGCUGCUGGUGCUCGCCGCCGCAUACGCGCUCUGUCGCCUGCUCCUCUUCCUCAUCCCGCCCACCGUCCCAUCCAUCGACGUCGACGCCUCCGACGUGUUGGCCAAGGAGGACAGCUUCAUCUACAUACCGAGAAGGGGUAAAUCAACUCAGACUGACAAGGUCCAAUGCUAUGAACCAGCGACCAUGAAAUACUUGGGGUACUUCCCAGUGGUGACUCCUGAUGAGGUCAAGGAACAUGUUGCACAAUCCAGGAAAGCUCAAAGGAUAUGGGCAAAAAGCAGCUUCAAGCAAAGGCGCCAGUUUCUUCGAAUCCUUCUCAAGUAUAUACUUGAACAUCAGGAUCUCAUAUGCGAGGUAUCAUCUCGGGACACUGGAAAGACUAUGGUUGAUGCUUCAUUAGGAGAGAUAAUGACCACCUGUGAGAAGAUUACCUGGCUUUUGGAUGAGGGCGAGAAGUGGCUGAAACCUGAAUACAGAUCUACUGGGAGAUCAAUGCUGCAUAAGAGAGCAAAAGUUGAGUUUUACCCUCUUGGAGUGAUUGGUGCGAUUGUAUCUUGGAAUUAUCCCUUCCAUAAUGUUUUUAAUCCAGUGCUAGCAGCAGUAUUCUCCGGUAAUGCAGCAGUUAUAAAGGUCUCAGAACAUGCGACUUGGUCGGGCUGCUUUUAUUUUCGUAUUAUACAAGCAGCUCUUUCAGCUGUUGGUGCACCUGAGAAUCUGGUGCACAUAAUAACUGGUUUUGCGGAAACAGGCCAAGCUCUUGUAUCAUCAGUAGACAAAAUAAUAUUUGUGGGAUCACCAGGUGUUGGAAAAAUGAUCAUGAAAAGGGCGUCGGAGACUCUAAUACCUGUAACUCUGGAGCUUGGUGGCAAAGAUUCAUUUAUUGUGUGUGAAGAUGUAGAUUUACCCAGUGUUGUUCAAGUUGCUACUAGAGCUGCUCUGCAAUCUAGUGGGCAGAAUUGCGCUGGUGCUGAAAGAUUUUAUGUUCACGAUGACAUCUAUUCUGCCUUUGUUUCACAGAUAGUGAAGACAGUCAAAUCUAUAAGUGUUGGCCCCCCAUUAUCAGGCAGAUAUGACAUGGGUGCAAUCUGUAUGAUUGAGCACUCUGAGAAACUUCAGAAUCUUGUUAAUGAUGCUCUAGACAAAGGUGCCGAAAUUGCCGUCAGGGGGAGUUUUGGCAAUCUUGGUGAAGAUGCAGUUGAUCAAUUUUUCCCACCAACUGUCCUGGUGAAUGUUGAUCACACAAUGAAAAUUAUGCAAGAAGAGACAUUUGGACCUAUUAUACCAAUCAUGAAAUUCAGUUCUGAUGAAGAGGCUAUCAAACUUGCAAACGACUCAAAAUAUGGUCUUGGCUGUGCUGUUUUUUCUGGCAACCAGAAGCGUGCCAUCAGAAUAGCGUCCCAGUUACACUGUGGGGUAGCAGCAAUCAAUGAUUUUGCUUCAAGUUACAUGUGCCAGUCUUUGCCAUUCGGUGGUGUUAAAGACAGCGGAUUCGGGAGAUUUGCUGGCGUAGAAGGCUUGCGAGCUUGCUGCCUUGUGAAGUCUGUUGUAGAAGAUAGAUUGUGGCCAUAUAUUAGAACAGUGAUCCCGAAGCCUAUCCAGUAUCCCGUCUCAGAGCAUGGAUUUGAGUUCCAGCAGUUGCUUGUGGAGACUCUGUAUGGCUAUAGCGUGUGGGACAGGUUGCGGUCCCUUGUGAAUCUUAUAAAGAUGGUUACCGAGCAGAAUUUUGCCCCGACUUCAAAUGCGACCACGAAGAAAAGGCGAUGAGACGAAUGCCCGGGGGGUUCAUUGAAUCUGUUUAUGGUAAGUCUGAUCUCUGGACGCUGUAAACCUCCCCAAGCUGCUGUGAUCGGCCUUGUUUGCUCUCUGAAACAAUCUCGAGCCUGGGAGCUUGUGUAUUCAAGCGCUUUAGCUUUCAUUUCAGAACCUUCUUUUCUCUCUCUCUCCCUUGCUUAUUAACACCCAAAUGCGUGGGCAAUGGAAAUGAAAUUCCACUGUGGAUGUGCUAGGAACUGUCAAUGUGCUGCCGCUGCUGUGAUUUGUGAACAUCAUCGGUAUUGAGGGUGAAGGUGUGGUGUACCAUGCAUGUGCUGGGAUUAAAUGCCCUCGCGCAUGUAGCAAACAGUACGCUUUCGCGCAA